AAUUUUUGAUAUUUAGAAUUUUUAUUAUUAAAUGAAUGUAAUCAUUAAAUUCUUAAGCAUAAAAUGCUGUUGGUAAGCUAGCUGCUAGAGACUUAUCACCUAUUUUUCUAGAUUAUUUAUUGGAUUCAGUUUAAAAAUAGUCAUGGAGGAUAAAGCAGACGUUGAUCAUAAACACACUCUACGUAGAAAGACGUGCGAUGGGCCUACGUCUGAAGAGAAAUAUUUUGCGAAACUAGAACGCUAUAGGAAUCAUAUGGCGAAAGUCCGUCUCAAUGAAACGCCUGAACAAUAUAAGGAGAGACUGGAACGUGCUCGAGUUCACGCGGCAAAGAUGCGACGUAACGAAACUCCGGAGCAGCGAGCGGCGAGGCUCGAGAGAGCUCGCAUCUAUAAAUUAGAGUCGCGCAGAAAUGAGACCCCAGAACAGAGGAACAAACGUCUAGAAAGUUCUAGAAGGCAAACACUGAAGUACAGACAGAAGGAGACUCCGGAACAACGAGAAAUGCGUCUACAGCGUUCUCGGAUAUAUAAUUAUCAGAUGAGACACAGCGAGUCGCCGGAACAGAGAGAAGCGAGACUGGAGUACACCCGCAGAUACAUGGAACAAAUGAGAAGACAUAAGAGAUUUGCCGGAGUUAUCAACCAAGCUGAGAAAGACCAGUGGGGUGCCUUGCCUUUGAUGAAUCCUACAAUUCAAUCUUGUAUUAAUGCACAUAACAUACAACUUCAUAACCAAGCAGAUAGUGGAUUGCACAGUCAAAAUGAGUCCAUAUCUUCUACUCCAGAAUCGGAAUGUAGUCAAAAGUGGCCACCAUUAGUGGAUAAUCAAGAGUCAAUGGAUACAACAAAACAUGGCGAAAAAACAGAGGAACUGCUAAAUAAUAACACAAGUACUAAGAACAAUAAUAUAAAUGAAAAUCUACCAGAAGACGUAACUGAACAGAAUGUAUUUCUAUUUAAUUCUAUAACAAGUGAUAUACCUCCUCUACAACAUGAGGUUGAGAUGAUAAUGAAUUAUAAACUUAUGAAUCAAAAGCAAACAGUACAUCCAUGCCCGCAAUGCAAAAAAGUCUAUCAUUAUGUACAUAGCUUAAGGAAACAUCUCAAUGUACAUCAUAGAGUAGUAUGAAAGAAAUGGUUGCACUUUGGGAGCCAACAAGUGUAAGACAAAACAGCAGAAAUGAGGGUUUGAUGCUUUAACUCCCAAGCGGUCGAAUUCGACUGCGAAAACAAUAGAUUUCUUGAUAUAAUUGGAUCUAGAUAUAAUUAGAAUCUCGGAAUCGGCUCCAACGAUUUUCAUGAA